UUAACUAUUAUUUCUACAUUCUUGUAGAAGUACUUACACAUAGUAAGUAUAUAGUACACUAGACCAACGCUCACCACUGCUGGAGGAUCAAAUUUCUUGCACCACCACUAAGCGCUGACUCGUCGCUGGGUCGGGCGAAUUCACCACAAUUGUACAUGAAUAGUUUGAGGGAAUAUGUUCAUAUAAAUAUGUUAAUAUGUAUAACGGUAAUGCAUUGCAAAUAUUAUGUAGACUGACUGCAAUUUUCUAAUACAAACUAGGCUUCAGUUGCUUGCCUUAACUUAAACCGCGCAGUUGCAUUGCUCCAAAACCGUGUAUUCGCUAUGAGAAAAUAUUUAAGAAUAAAUUCAAAUUUCAAAAUAAACGGUAUUUUAGCUUAAAAUACAUACACUGUUGUAAACAAUGUUCUUCAAGCGUCGUCAAAAGCCUGCAUUGCGACCGUCGCGUGCAUAUUUUCACUCCAAUGAGCCGCCGUCCAUCCAGUCACACAAUGAUCAGCGGCCGUUUUUGUCGCGUGCACGCUUCAGCGCACUGCCACAUUUACAGAAAAUCGAAGAAAAGGAGAAUUUAACACUACUCAUUGCCGUGUUGUAUGUCGUCGAUUUAUUUGGUGUGCUCCCGUUAAUAACACUCCCGGCUCUGCUGGUGCAAUUAGGUGUUCUGGGCAUACCUUUGGUCCUAUCCGUUAUAGUGCUACAAAUAUACACUUCGUUUUUACUCAGCCGAUGUUGGAUAAUGGCCGAGUCCUUCGAUCCGUCGAUAUCGCAAAAGAGCAGAUAUCCCUAUGCGGCAAUUGCCGAUUUGGCAUACGGACCCUGCCUGAGCCUGUUCGUGCGUAUCUUGUUGGAUAUUAGCAUAUUUGCCACUGCCAUACCAAGCCUACUGAUAGCAGCACAGAAUCUGGAGCUUGUUGGCGAGCGCAUAACGGACAAUCGGUUUUCCUUCUCUUUUUGCUACUGGGUUAUUAUAAUUGGAAUAUUUUGCUGUCCGCUGAUGUGGUUGCGCAGUCCCAAACAUAUGCGGGGACUGACGAUUGUCUCGCUUGUUGUACUCGUUGUAAUUGUGACUCUUUUGUGGUUUUGCCUUUUCGCAUCCGCACCGCUGGGCAAACCCUUCGAAGGCGUUAGCUUAGAAUUGCCUUCGUUCUUGGCCCUGCUGAAUGGUUAUAGCGUUUUGGCUUUCCAGUUUGACAUCCAUCCGAUGUUACUCACCUUGCAAAUCGAUAUGCAGCAGAAGUCUCAAGUUUAUUGGGCCGCCUUCAGUGGUAUCACAAUAACCUGUACCAUAGCCAUCUUCGGCUCCAUUAUUGCGGUAUAUAAAUUCGGCACAAUGAUCGCGGAUAAUCUCUUGGAGACAUUGCCGAAGAGUGUACCAUUAUAUAUACUGCUCAUACUUAUGGCAUUGCAGUUGUGUUUCUCAAUUAUUGUCGGUAGUUCAGCGAUGUUUUUACAAAUCGAAAACUAUCUGAAAAUCAAUGAAGCCUUCUCAUGGAAACGCGUUGCGCUGCGCUCCACCGUUGUCGGCCUUGAAGUACUCAUAGCCGAAUUUGUGCCCAGUUUUGAUGUGCUCAUGGACAUUGUAGGCGGCACAAUUGUGGCGCCAUUGGUCUUUAUACUACCACCGCUGCUAUAUCGACGCAUCAGUCAAAUGGAGAGAACUCAUCAGCGCGUUGCAACCGAGUCUUCAUAUGGCAGCAUACCACUCGAUUUGAACUACGAGCCUGUGCACUCGGAUAUGGAACAGCUAUUGAUGUUGGAGCAGCAACAGCGCAGUGGUGUGGCGCUUUCAUGGCGUUUGAGACUCCAUAAAUAUUGGUUACAAAUUGCAAAAUAUUGGCAUCGUCUGAAAUGCGAUUUGACGUUGUCACUGUCGGUGUUGCUGUUCGGGGUAGCGGCCACCAUAAUUUCCACUUAUUUGAAUAUAUUUAAUAUUACGGAUCUAUUCCGAUACGAGGCCACAUGUUUUUUUAAUAUGACAAAAGAUAUUGUGAAAACUCAGAAACAUUAGUGGUUCCAUAAAAUA